AUGUCGUCCUCAGGCCCAACCGGCUUCCUGGGCCGGUCCAGCAGCAGCAACUCCAACAUGCGCGGACUGGUCCAGUUCAUUGCCGACCUUCGGAAUGCCCGUGCCCGCGAGCUGGAAGAGAAGCGAAUCAACAAGGAGCUGGCCAACAUCCGGCAAAAGUUCAAAGAUGGCAACCUGAGCGGAUACCACAAGAAGAAAUACGUCUGCAAACUCCUAUACAUAUACAUCCUUGGAUGGAACGUCGAUUUCGGACACCUUGAAGCCGUGAACCUCAUCUCUGCAACCAAGUACUCGGAAAAGCAGAUUGGUUACCUUGCCAUGACGCUCUUCCUGCACGAGGGACAUGAGCUGAUACACCUUGUCGUCAACAGCAUCCGGAAGGAUCUGCUAGACCACAACGAGCUCUUCAACUGCCUUGCGCUACACGCAAUCGCAAACGUCGGUGGCCGGGAAAUGGGAGAGGCGCUGAGCGGGGAGGUACACAGGUUACUAAUUUCACCAACCUCCAAGGCGUUCGUGAAGAAGAAGGCUGCCCUCACACUGCUCCGACUUUACCGCAAGCACCCGGGGAUUGUCCAGCCGCAGUGGGCGGAACGGAUAAUAUCACUAAUGGACGACGUGGAUCUGGGUGUUGCUCUAUCCGUGACUUCCCUGGUCACGGCACUGGCCCAAGACAACCUCGAACAAUACAAGGGCGCCUAUGCCAAGGCCGCCGGUCGCCUGAAGAGGAUCGUCAUUGACGGUGAAUAUUCGCCAGAUUAUCUGUACUACAAGGUGCCCUGUCCUUGGAUCCAAGUCAAGCUCCUGAAGCUCCUGCAAUAUUUCCCGCCUUCAGAGGAUAGCCACGUUCGGGGCAUGCUUCGCGAAUCCCUCCAGAAGAUCCUGGACCUCGCCUUGGAGACGGUCAAGAACGUGCAGCAAAACAAUGCUCAGAACGCGGUGCUGUUUGAGGCUAUCAAUCUCAUCAUCCAUCUCGAUACCGAGCAUGCCUUGAUGAAGCAGAUAUCGUCACGUCUCGGGCGGUUCAUUCAGUCGAGAGAGACCAAUGUGCGCUACCUGGGUCUCGAAGCCAUGACACAUCUCGCUGCGCGAGCGGAUACGCUGGAUCCCAUCAAGCAGCACCAGGACGUCAUUGUCGGGUCGCUCAAGGACAGAGAUAUCAGUGUCCGGCGCAAGGGACUCGACUUGUUGUACAGCAUGUGCGACUCCACCAACGCCCGUGCCGUCGUCGGCGAGCUGCUCCAUUACCUCCAGAACGCAGACUUUGCUAUCAGGGAAGAGAUGGUGCUCAAGAUUGCCAUCUUGACCGAGAAGUAUGCCACAGAUGUGCAGUGGUACGUCGACAUAUCUCUCCGUCUCAUUGCCAUGGCCGGAGACCACGUCAGCGACGAGGUGUGGCAGAGAGUGAUCCAGAUCAUCUCCAACAACGAGGAGCUGCAAGUCUAUGCUGCGCAAAACACUCUCCAGUACUGCAAGCAGGACCACUGCCACGAGACGCUGGUCAAGAUCGGUGCCUACAUUCUUGGGGAGUUCGGGCAUCUGAUCGCCGAGGAAAGGGGGUGCAGCCCGAUUGAGCAAUUCCUGGCGCUCCAGAACAAGCUCCCGGCAUGCUCUUCGAGCACUCGUGGCAUGAUCCUGUCGUGCUUCGUCAAAUAUGUCAACCUAUUCCCGGAAAUCAAACCGCAGCUCGUCAACGUGUUCAGCGUCUACAGUCACACGCUUGACCCGGAGCUCCAACAAAGAGCAUGCGAGUAUCUCGCAUUGGCGAGCAUGGACUCGGACGACCUCCUCCGGACCGUCUGCGACGAGAUGCCGCCGUUCCCAGAACGCGAAUCGGCUCUGCUCUCGAGACUCCAUCAGAAACACUCCCGGACGAGUGACAAGCGGACUUGGAUUGUGGGCGGAAAGGAUGCCAAUGCGGAUACGGGCGAGCUCACAAUGGCCAAGCAAGGAGGUCUUAAGCGGACUUUCACCGUCAACGGCCAGGCCAACGGCACCGCAUCCGCCGCCAACGGGUCCUCCUCAGCCGCCAACGACCUUGCCGGUCUCGACAUGAGCAACCUCGGCCCCGCCGAAGCCAAAACCAUCAAGCCCCCCAACUUGGCCAGCGCAGCUCACCUCUCGCCCAACUGGGAGCGGGGCUUCAACCGGCUCCUCCUCCGGGCAGACGGGGUCCUCUACGAAGACGGCCAGCUGCAGGUGGGCGUCCGGUCCGAGUACCGCGGCCAAAUGGCCUGCCUUAUCCUCUACUUUACCAACAAGACACCCGCUCUCAUCUCGUCCUUCACCACCACCCUCGACCUGGAUGAGUCGGAAAAGGGCAAGCUCACCUGGGACAUCAAGGGCCUGCCCGAUACCACCCUCGCCCAGGGCGCCCAGGCCCAGCAGGUCAUUGUUUUCGAGGCCAAGCGCGUCUUUGAGAAGGCACCCACCAUCCGCAUCAGCUACCUCGCGGGCGCCCUGCAGGCGCUCACGCUCAUGCUGCCUGUUACGAUACACAAGUUCAUGGAUCCCGCUGAGUUGUCGGCCGAGGAUUUCUUCAGGCGGUGGAAGCAGAUUGGUGGUGAGCCGCGCGAGGCGCAGCGCAUCUUUGGGCUGACUAAGGGAGCGGGCGAGAGGGAGAUUACGGAGAGCUUUGUGAGGGGCGUGGUGGAAGGGUUUAGGUGGGGAGUCCUGAACGGCGUGGACCCAAAUCAGAAGAAUUUUGUGGGGGCCAGCGUGGUUCAUACGUCAGAGGGGGGCAAGUAUGGGUGUUUGUUGCGGUUGGAGCCCAAUUAUGCGACGCAGAUGGUGCGCUUGACGAUCAGGGCGACGGAUGAUACGCUGCCGCCGGUGCUGCUGAAGCUCAUGGAGGCGAGGCUUGCAAAGGGGGUGUCGACGGCGCCGGAGCAGCGCCAUGUGCCGCCUACCGUGAGCGAGAUCUCGGACUCGUUCAGGAAUAUCAUGGUCACCACGAGCAGUAGGUGA